AUGGAAUACGCACAGAGGGAUAACUUACGGAGCUUUCUUGAAAAUGCAAAACCUUCUGAGCUCUCCUGGGAAGCGAAAACAUACUUAUUAUGGGAUAUCAUAAGAGGUCUAAAGGUAAUACAUAAAGUAGGUUACGUUCACAAAGAUCUGCAUAGCAAAAAUAUUUUGUGUUUCGAAAGAGCCGGUACCUUAACAGCAAAAAUUACAGAUUUAGGGCUUUCGUCGCAACCUGGUACUUUCAAACCUCAGGGGAUUAUACCGUUUAUGGCGCCGGAAUACCUAAACAGCUGUUUGUAUACUACCUCAAGCGAUAUAUACAGCUUUGGAAUCAUCAUGGCAGAAUUAUCUAUAGAAAACCCUUUUUUUUGGGAUCAUGAAUAUAACAUCGCUCUUAUAUUAAAAAUUUCUAAUGGAUUGAGACCAGAGUUGGCUUCAAGUACACCUCAGCCCUACGUUAACUUAUGUAAGUUAUGUACUGAUGCUGAUCCUGAGAAAAGACCCACGGCGCAGGAGAUUUAUGAAACACUCACAAACUGGCUAAGCGAUAAGAGUACAUUUAAAAUUAAGGAUAAGAUUUAA